AACCUUCACUAGACAAUUAGCUCAUUUCUCACUUCUCUAAUAUUUCACAAUGGCUAAAACUGCUACAUUUAUUCUUCCUCUUGCUCUAACACUUCUCAUAAUCUCUCCUACCUCUUUAGCUCAACAAUGGGGGCUCCAACAAGGUCAGCUCCCAUUCUUCUCCUCUAGUCAGGGUAUCCAACCAAAGCGGUUGCAUAGGGGCCAACAAGCCCUCAAUGAUUGCCAAAUCAACCAACUUAGCGCCGCCGAACCCACCAUCCGCCUCCAAGCCGAGGCCGGAGUCACCGAGAUUUGGGAUCCUAAUGACCAACAGGAAUUCCAGUGUGUUGGUGUCACGGUGGUUCGACAUGAAGUUGAACCUAGGGGUCUUGUCUUGCCUCAUUACAAUAAUGCACCUUCCCUCACCUAUAUCAUUCGAGGUAGAGCAUUGUUUGGGGUGAGCGGUCUGGGUUGCCCGGAGACAUACGAGUCCGGCUCUCCUGAAUCUUUCUCAGAGGAAUCGAGGCGGUCACAGCGUGGGUCUGAGGAAAUAAGAGACCAGCACCAGAAGAUCAGACGCGUCCAUCAAGGCCAUAUCAUCGCCCUACCGGCCGGAGUGAACAAAUGGUUCUACAACGACGGAGAAGAGCCACUCACAUGUAUCACAUUGUUUGACACUAACAACUACCAGAAUGAGCUUGAUGAGAUUUUGAGGAGCUUCUUCCUAGCUGGAAACCCUCAAGGAAGAGGAGGAGAGCAAGGGCGCCACCAAGAGAUCCGCCGUCACCACGAGUCUACUCGCCGCCACAUAAGAAGAAGCCACCAGAACGCAGGCAAAAACAUCUUCAGUGGCUUUGACGACCAACUCCUAGCAGAGGCCUUUGGGGUAGAACGCGAUACAAUUAGUAGUCUCAAAGGUGAGAACGAUAACAGAGGCUCCAUUAUCCGAGUGGAGGGAGACCUCGAAUUGUUGAUCCCAGAGUGGGAUAGGGAGGAGCAGAGGUCAGAGAGACACCAUGGCGGACGCGGUCGAGGCGGACGCUACAAUGGCUUAGAAGAAACUAUUUGCAGUGCUAAGCUUACUGAGAACAUUGACAACCCAGAAAAGGCUGAUGUUUUUAACCCACAAGGUGGUCGCUUGACCUCUCUUAACAGCCAUAAACUUCCCAUCCUUAACUUCCUCCAACUUAGUGCUGAGAAAGUUAACCUCUAUCAGAAUGCUAUAAUGGCCCCUCACUGGAAGAUAAACGCCCACAGCAUUGUCUACUUCACAAAAGGAAAUGGCCGUGUCCAAAUUGCAAGCGAAGAAGGGCGUCUAGUGUUCGACGACAUGGUGCAAGAGGGUCAACUCCUUGUCAUCCCACAAAACCACGUAGUAAUAAAGCGAGCAGGGCGAGAUGGGCUCGAGUGGGUUGCGUUCUUGACCAACGAUGAGGCGAUGAUCAGCCCUCUAGCGGGACGGAUCUCAGCCAUUCGAGGCUUGCCUCUCGAGGUGGUCAUGAACUCAUACGGCUUGUCGAGGGAGGAGGCAAGGAGGCUCAAGUAUGGCAGGCAGGAAUUGAGUGUGUUUAGCCCUUCAGAGAGGUCUCAACGGAGGGGAGAAAAAUAUGCCAUUGUGUAAAAUGAUAAUGAGGAUCGAUGACUUUGUUUAAUCUUCUAGGUUUUUGCGAGAGAAUAAAGUGGUGGAAAAGGCUAGCUAAAAACAGGUGUUUUGUUUGUGUAUCAAAAAGCUUUUGUAUGGUUUUUUAGGUGUAAAGUUCGGUAAUAAUAUGGCCACCUUUCUUUGUUA